AUGUGGCGCAGGGAUGGGAGCUCAGGGGUGAACAGCCGGGGUUUGGUGGAUGUGAGUGGCAGCGGGAAGAAGGAGGAUACAUAUGUGGCCAGGACCGAGAAGACUUCCAGCCUUUGGCGGCCAGGCAAUGGGUUCAGGCCCACGUCCUUUGGCAGCGCUAAGGGGCCCAGGUUGGCGUUUGUGACAACGACGUCGGAGGGCUACAAGCAGAUCAAGCUCUGGACGGACUAUCAUAAGUCCAUCGGCGUGGAGACCUUCUACUUGUUUGUGGACGGCCAGGCGGCGCGGCCGGAGGUGCAGGCGCGGCUGCGGGCGCUGCCGGGGGUGACGGUGAUCCCGCGUGACGACAAGCUCAAGUACCGGCACACGCACUCGCGCAUCUGGAACGAGACCUGGCUCGCCGCAUUCUUCCACAAGCCCUGCAACCACGAGCUCUUCGUCCUGCAGUCCCUAAACAUGGAGGCGGGCAUAGAGCUGGCGGCGAAGGACGGAGUGGAGUGGAUCCUGCACAUCGACACGGACGAGCUGGUGUAUCCGGGGGGCGGCCCAGAGUAUUCCAUCCAGCGCGUGCUGGCCAACGUGCCUGCUGACGUGGACACCAUUGUGUUCCCAAACUAUGAAUCGCUGCCGGAGCGGGAUGACGUUCAGGACCCCUUCACCGAGGUGACGCUGUUCAAGCGCAACUACCACCACGUGGUGAGCGACAGCUACUUCAAGGCCUACCACACCGUGGCGAGGGGCAACCCCAACUACUUCAUCACCUACGGCAACGGCAAGUCGGCCGCACGUGUUCAGCCGGGCCUGCGCCCCAACGGCGCCCACCGCUGGUACUCCUACAAUAAGGCACCCAAGGAGGAGACAAGUGAUGAGGUGGCGGUGCUGCACUACACCUACAACAAAUUCGAUGAUCUGAAAAGCCGACGCGACCGCUGCGACUGCGCUCCCACAGAGGACGACGCCAAGCGCUGCUUCAUCCUGCCCUUUGACCGCAUGGCGUUCCUGGCGGCCUCCUUGAAAACUGACGCGGAGCUGCUCAAGUGGUUCCGGGAUCGCCUGGUCUGGAACGAGCCGGAGACUGUCGUGGACCUUCUCAAAAACGGGCUCUUUGUGCGCCUCUAUGAGCCACAGAUCAUCAUGAGGGGAUUCAUGGCGUUGGAGGAGGGGACGACAGGGGGUCGUGACGCGGCGGCCGCUCUGCAGCAGCCGCCGCCCGACAAGGCAGCCACCGGCGCAUCGCGCAUCGGAGCCGCCAAACUAUCGGACACCUCCUGA